UUUUUUUUUUUUUUUGAUGUCGUAACACUUUGUGGCUUGUAAAAAGAUAUUUAUGGAAAUUACUUUUUACGCUUUUAUCUAUAUAGGUGUAUAUAUAUAUAUAAGUUAUUGUAUAAAAUAUUAAAAUAUAUUCGAGGUAAAGUUUCGAAAAAAAAUUUUUUUUUUAAACGUUUUGUCUUCUACAUUUGCACAUUUACGUUCACUUAUUUUCUUUUUGUCUUUUGUUAUCAUUAUACAGUACUAUUUUUUACUUUCGACAUUAUUUUCUAUAGACUACUUAUACGUCACCUUUAGAAUUAAAGUAUUAUAUCAAUAAUAAUGGAACGACGUUCUAGGAAGGGGGAUAUGGAUUUUGUUUUGAGAUUUGCUCCACCUACGAGGGAACCUUUUGCAGAAAGGCGACUUUUUCCAUCAAGACAGAUAAAUAUACACGAAGAAAUUAUAAUUCAUGGGGGUUUAUAUGAAAUUGGAGAAUCUAAUGAGUCUAAUGAAGAAUUAUUAAAUCAAUUAAAAAUAUCAAAUCAAUUAAUUGGAAAUAUUGCUGUUAUCGGUGAAUCAUCAAAACAUUUUGAUGUUUUGAUUUCAGAUAUUCUUGAUUUAAUUAAAAAUAUUUUAGAAUUAUAUGAAACUAUUCAAUUUAACAAAAAAAUUUGUGAUUGUUUAAUUGAUAGAAUUGAAAGUACUGAAAUGUCUAUUAAAUCUUUAAAAAGGCAUAAAGAAGAAAAUGUUGGGUAUUUUUUACAACAAAAUAUUUAUUAUGGUUAUCAUAAAUUUAUUGAUUUAUUGGAGAGGAUACGUCAUUUUAUUACUGAUAUUUCGCAACUUCAUGGUUUAAGAAAAUUUAAAAGUGUUGAAAAAUUAAAAGAACAUUUUAGAAAUAUUACUAGAGAAUUUGAUGAUCUUGUAAUUAAUUUACGUUUAAAAGUUACUUAUUCUAAAAAAGAUCAAGGCGUAAGGGAUGAUGAAGCUGCUGAAUAUGAUGGUGCCGCGUUGACUAAGUUUUUAGAAAAUGUUGAUGGUGGGAUUACGACAUCGAAUAAGAAGAUUAAUCCUAUAUUUGAUGAAAUAAUUAUCAAAAGAUCACAAAUAUCGGAUUCAAAAAAAGUCAAAUUUCAAACGAAAAAGAUAACAAAACUCGAUACAAAAAAUUAUGAUAGUAAUAAUACUUUAAAUAAUAAUAAUAAUAGAGGGGGGAAUAUUCAUAAAAUGUCUUAUGAAUCAAAAUUUGUGGCGUGUAAAUAUUAUGAUAGUGAACAAUCACCAAGGUUUGAUAAUGAAUUAGCGAUGUUACAAUUAUUAAAUAAUUCAGAUAAUAUUAUAAGAUUUUUAGGAUUAUCAGAUUUAGAUGAAGGUCAAGUAUUAAUUUUUGAUUGGGCUGAAUAUGGGGAUUUACAAUCUUUAUAUGAAAAGUAUACUCUUGAUUGGCCUGUAAAAUUAAAUAUUGCUUUAGGAAUUUGUCGUGGGUUAUCAUUUUUACAUGGUUGUCAAAUUCUUCAUAGAGAGAUUAGAUGUCAAAAUAUUAUGAUUAAUGAAAGACUUGAACCAAAGGUAGCGAAUUUUAAUUUUGGAAGACCCGCUAAAUAUAGUAGAUAUUUUGUUGAAAAUAUAACGGCAGUGGUUCAUUGGUUAGCGCCUGAAAAACUAAGGCAAGGAACAAAAGUGAAGUUUUCAUCAAAAUGUGAUAUUUUCAGUUUUGGUAUGCUUUUGUGGGAGAUAGCUUUUGAUGUAAUUCCAUAUAGAGAUUGGAGUUAUACGAACAUUAUUGAUCAUGUUAAGGCUGGUAAACGUGAAAGUAUUGAUUUUGGUCCGAAUCCAUCUGAAGUCCAAAAAGAUUUUGCAAAGAUAAUUCGAGCCGGUGAAAUUUUAUUAACGCAAAUUAAGUCUUUCUUAACUUGUCAAUUUUCUGCAGUAUUAAUAAUUUUUAUUUUUUGAACUUAAAUAGCGUGGCAAGAUGAUCCAACACUUCGACCGGGACUCCAUGAAUUGUUUAAUCA